AACACCGUUAUAUUUGGUGAUUUAGCGGAUUGAAUGAUCUAGUGCUCCACCACUGUUGGACAUCUCGCCCGUCCGCUCCGCGCCAGUUGUCGUCGUACACGAGUGCUCAUAAUGUCAAGUGCUUCGCACUUUAUUUCUUCUAUCUCACGCUGUCAGCAAACAUGCGUCUGAAUGUAGACGACAAAAGAAAAGAUGUACCUCGCAAGAGCAGCUGCCGGGGGUGCAGGUGCAGUUGGUGCACGUGCAGUUGGGGCUUCCGCAACCAGGCAUUGUGUAGAGGUGAGAUGGAAGAUUGUCGGAUAGACGGAUUCGAAUGUCGUUCGGAGUAGCGUGGAGUAGUCGAGGCGGUUGGUGAUUCGUUCGGUUCGUUGCAAGUGUUGGUGUUGUGAU